AUGGUCAGGUUUUCAUGCUUCAACACUCACAUCCACCGCCAUAAACCUAAGAAAUCCGUGGAAGGAUUUUCAGAACGAGUGAUAAGAGAAGACGGGUCCAAAUCGAAAGGAUUGAGCUCAAUCAUAUUUAGGAGAAACAUUGCUUCUGUUAGUGGAAACAGCAAGCCAGCUGGCUCUGCCCCUGUGGAGCGUGUCUGGAAAUCUGAGGAGAUUAUUCUUGAGCAUGGUAUUGAGACGCAUCAGGAGGGACGGCAUCUCAAGAAAAGUCAGUCUCUUGGAGAUGAACUUUACUUGGACGGGAGGGAUGCCAAAGAGACUGGAACAGACGAUCAGAUUGCUUCUCCUAAUUCUCUUGAACAGAGUGGUGCUCUUGCAGCAGGCAGCAGCAAGCUUGUAGAAGGAAGUCCGAAUCUGUAUGAGAAAGCUCCAGUUUCUGCUUACCAGGGUUCAGAGCAAGCACAAUAUGGCUCUAUUUUCUCGGUUGGAGAUCGUCAUCAUGCUGAUGAAGAGAGCCGUCAUCUCGAUGAUACCUCUUUAUCCGGUGAACAGAUGGAGGACAACUCAAACAGCCAAACGCCUAACGAAUCACCGUUGAUUGUGAGGUCGAACUCAAUGCCUAAUAUCGCCGACUCUGCAUCAGAGAAGUCUUCACCUUCCAAAUAUUCCUCUCACCACUCCAGAUCCUCUGAUGCAGAGGUGAAGCAAGAGCAAGAGCAAGAUCAAGAUCAAGAGCGGAACUAUGACAUGCAUAAGUCUGGAGAUAACGACGACAAGGAAAACCUCGAGGAGGAUGGAUAUGAUGAUGCAUAUGAUUAUCCUUCCCUGGCAAAAGAUUGGAUAGUACCACCGAAAGAUGAGCUCAAGCUAACACAGUACCUUGAAGGAGAAACAUCAAACCAGCAAGCAGAGUUUCCUGGAAAGGAUUUUAAGAUCAAGCGUAUCGAGGAUUGGGUCAGUGACCUUCAGCAUGUGAACUUGUCUGAGGAAGCUGAUGAGAUCACAGGGUACGACGAUGAGUUGCCAAGAGAACACGUGGUGUUGAAUGAGCCGCUAACAACAGCUUCUCCUAAAGUAGAUGUCGUCAAGUUAACACCUGGAAUGGAAGCUGCGAAAAAGUACAUAUCCUCUCUGAGUGCUUCUGCAACCACAGCUCAGCUGGUUAAUCAUGGUCUGGUUGUGAUACCAUUCCUCAGUGCAUUUGUUAGUCUGAGAGUUCUCAAUCUCUCUGGCAAUGCGAUAGUUAGGAUAACAGCUGGUGCUCUUCCUCGAGGACUACAUGCGUUGAAUUUGUCAAAGAACAGUAUCUCGGUGAUCGAAGGCCUACGCGAACUCACUCGGCUUCGAGUAUUAGACCUUAGCUACAACAAAAUACUGAGACUUGGUCAUGGUCUGGCUUCUUGUUCCUCUCUGAAAGAACUAUACCUAGCUGGGAACAAGAUCAGUGAAAUCGAGGGUCUCCAUCGUCUCUUGAAACUUACGGUCUUGGACUUACGCUUCAAUAAGUUCUCAACAACCAAAUCACUCGGCCUGCUCGCUGCAAACUACAGUUCUCUUCAGGCUAUAAGCCUGGAAGGAAACCCUGCACAGAAGAACGUUGGCGAUGAACAGCUGAGGAAGUACCUUUUGGGACUCCUGCCGCAUUUGGUGUACUACAACAGACAAGGCGCUAAAGAUGCUCGGCUCGGGCCAAGCACACAUCAGCUGGACCGUGGUCUGAGAUCAGAGAUCAAAAACAGCAGCCGGAAGAGUAGCCACGGUGCAUCCAGUACCCACAAACCCGGAUCAUCCGCGGCCCGUAAGUCAUCGGGUGUGCCUAAAAGAUCCAAGGAGAGAAGCAGCCGUCUUCCACCUGUGGGACACAAAGUAUCACCAGCUGCUUACGAGAAUUACGUUGCUACUGGUGAUAGAUUGUCGAGCCUGAGAUCAGAGCUCUCUAUGCGUAGAAGUCGAAGUGAGGGAACUCUUGGACCUGUCUGA